CCGUUUUGUACGUUCUCCCGACCUUCACUGUGUUUUCAUAAGGUUUAAUCUGGGAUUAGGCAUGCAUGAAGAGUUACAUAAAAUCGAGUGCUAAAUCCUCGAAUAAUAUGGCGGGAUUAGAGCCCCCAGUGUGUGCGGUUUGACGGCAAAGGGAGGAGAAACAAGUGAAAGUGGGUGGAGAAAUGACAGCGGCGAGCCAAUCCAAGCGUGAUCAUCUUAACGGGGCACCCUGCUGCGAUGGAAAGUCGGUCGGAAAAGACGUCCCGAUUUGUGUAAAUGGACAAAAACAGCAGGGAGUUGAGCUGCUCUGAUGGAGGGCUUGUCCAAACAAGUGUUGGCAGGAUACGAGUCCCCUCAGCUCAGACAGCACACCAGUCCACUCUUCCAGAUGUCUGAUGAGGGUAUUACAGGCCAAGUUGACUUCCCAUGUGGAUGUGCUUUGGCUGUCUUUUGGAAACCUUUUUAGACCAGGCUGAACCUUCGUCUUGUCUCGACAAAGCGGAUUUCCUUUCCAGAGGCGAUUCUCGCGUGGAUACGAUGCGUCCACCAGAAAGCUUUUGUGUCAAGAGUAAAUAGAUCUUCCUCUCAGACAUGAUGUUCUGCACAACCUUCUUGUCGGCUCCCUCGGAGGACAUCGGUUGCGAAAACUGUGCUGGCGAAGGAGGACCUAGCGGCGGAGGCUUGGGCCCAGCGAGCUGCUUGUCCACCUUGCACUGCUUGGUUCUCCCUCAAGACGAACUUUACCCGAACCGCUCGGAUGCCUCGCAAGUGCGAGCUCGCAGCUUCACAGGCGACAUGCUGGUAGACGCCAGGGCCGACACGUGCCGAGAUAGCAGGGGUAUUUGGGAUCGGGUGAGGAGGCGCAGUCGCUCCGUUUCACCUUUACCCAGCAAAACGACAAAAAGUCCUUGUCAUAAAACGGUGAAAGGCCCCGCAUUGCCCAUGGCCACCGUGGACAUUAAAAACCCCGAAAUCAGCACGGGGCACCGCUUCCAUAGCAACUCUCAGAUGAACAACAUCAUGCACUCCACCUUCACCAAGAGGGAGAAGAAGGGCAAAGGCAAGAAGAAGAGACUAACCAAGGCUGACAUCGGCACACCCAGCAACUUCCAGCACAUCGGGCACGUAGGAUGGGAUCCAAACACAGGCUUUGACUUAAACAAUUUAGACCCAGAGCUGAAGAACCUCUUCGACAUGUGCGGCAUCUCUGAGGCUCAGCUCAAGGACAAAGAGACUUCCAAGGUCAUCUACGACUUCAUUGAGAAGAAGGGAGGGGUGGAAGCAGUCAAAAAUGAGCUGCGUAGGCAAGCUCCUCCUCCCCCUCCCUCCAGAGGUGGCCCUCCUCCCCCUCCCCCUCACCACGGCUCAGCCCCACCGCCCCCACCUCCUGCCCGCGGGCGAGGCGCACCGCCACCCCCUCCGCCCUCAAGAGCCCCCGUAUCGGCACCGCCGCCCCCGCCUCCGUCCCGGCCGGGCAUGACGGCACCUCCUCCUCCGCCGCCGCCCAGCCGAGGCUCCCUGCCUCCGCCCCCGCCGCCGGCCCACGCCUCCGCGCCUGGGCCACCACCUCCGCCUCCACCACCAACAUCCUCGAUCCCGUCAUUCACCGGAGUGGCGGCCCCUCCGCCACCCCCGCCCCCUCCGCCGCCGAUGUCCUUUGAUUCUAAUGGAGUGGACAGCCCCCAGCCCCUUAGCGGGGGCAAGUCGGCCUUGCUGAGUCAGAUCCGAGAAGGCACCCAACUUAAGAAGGUGGAGCAAAAAGAGCGACCGGCGUCCAACACGGGGCGAGACGCGCUCCUGGACCAAAUCCGACAAGGAAUCCAACUCAAACCUAGGGACGAAACCAAUGACUCACCUCCUUCCUCCCUGGCCCCCUCGGCCGGCAUCGUGGGGGCUCUCAUGGAGGUCAUGCAGAAAAGGAGCAAGGCUAUUCAUUCUUCAGAUGAGGACGACGACGACGAAGAUGAUGAGGACUUUGAAGAUGAAGAUGAAUGGGAUGACUAGAUUUUUUUGUUUGUUUUUUGGCCCCUCCCACACUUUCGGAUGAUUGACGCAAACAUGUUUUCGCUAAUUUCAAAUCACAAAAAUGUACAUUUUCUUUCAAUUUGCUGUAUAUUUUUGUUGCCUUUAUGCUUUUUUUUUAUUCAUCUGUGCAAUACCUCAUCUAAGCUGUCGGACAUUCUCAUAUCUGUCGUUUUUGUCUCUCUUUUUAAGCGUUUUCCGCUUCUUUUCACCUUUCGCCAGCUGUCACUCUUGGUUCGUCAUCGCACAUUCCCUGCAUCCCGUCACUCUCGCCGCCCUCGUCUUCCCAAAAUAACGUGCAAUUUUGACAUCAAUCUGUCAUCCAUCAGUUAUCUGAGGCGAGAGUUGCCGCAAAUCCUUCUUUUUGUCGUCGGCGAAAGCAAAAGAAAUAUUUUCUUACCCUAAUCGUGGUAUAUUUUUGCUUACUCUGAUGAUCCUAGUUUAGCACUCAUAUUUUCUUAGAGGGAAAAAAAAAAUUGGGACUAUGCUGCUGUCCUCUAUAAAUGCGCCCCAGAUGUGAGUCUGUAUAUAUAUUUUUUUAUUUUUAUUAUUUUUUUUUUUUUUGCACAGAAAGAAGAGACUCGCUGCAUGAGAACGAAACAUGCUCAGGUCUGGAUCAUACGUGCGCUUUUUUCUUUUUUUAAUGAACAGGUUAUCGUGCCGUGUACAUUUGCUUCAAACGCGGUGUCCAUUCCCACGGCAUAAAAUGACACUUAAAGUAAAAUUUUCUUUUAAUAAGCGAAAUAUUUUUGACAGUACCGCCAAGAAUAUUUCAUAUCAUUCAUCCCAGACAUUGUUUUUUUCUUUAACUAUUAACGUAUGACACUACAUACACUACAAGUGGAGUUGAUAGUCGCUGCAGAACCUUUACGAUUUGUACUUUCCAAUAUCGAGUAUUGACAAUAUUUGUUGGAUUUUGGGUCAUGUAAAACUUGAGGAAUAAAGACGAUUUUAGUUUUAAACCUUUUGAUGCUUUACAUUUACUAGAACCCGAACAUUUGUUGUUUUAGACGACCGUUAUUUUGGAUUUGAAUGCAUCUUAUAUCAAGACCUGAAGGAAUCUGACCUUCUAGCCAGAACGCCGGAAUUGCACCUGCACUGGCACAGCUGCAACGGCCCGGGCCGGCAGGACUCCGGCGAGAAGGCCAAACUCCGUGCGAUCACCUUAGUCUUAACCCUUUGUACUGACUCCAUUUUGAAAGGUUUAAAGAAGGUUCACCGAGAACAAGUUGACAAUUUAUUCGGAUCGACAGAGAUCCAACAGAAAAGCGAAACAGACUCAGGCGAGGAGGCAAACUUGUUCCAAGGUCACCAUAUCAGAAGUCCACAAAAGGUUCCCGAAAAAAAAUGACAACGCUUAGUUAAACAUUGUCUUUCGGGGGGCGGGCCAUGGGCAGGAAGAAGGGUGUGUUUGGGAUUAUUGUCUAUUUGUGGAUUGGACAGGAGGAUUCGGGAGUUACUGUUGUCCAGGCAACGAGGUUUGUGGAUUUUGCCACCUCAGCGUCAAAGGGACUCUUGGAGUCGUGUUAUCAAUUGGAUAUCGGGUAGGGUUGUUCCGAUCACGUCUUUUUGCUCCCGAUCUGAUCUCGAUUGUUUUAGUUUGAGUAUCUGCCGAUCCCGAUAUUUCCCGAUCCGAUUGCUUUUUUUUGCUCCCGAUUCAAUUCCAAUCAUUCCCGAUCAUAUACAUUUUGGCAAUGCAUUAAGAAAAAAAUGAAUAAAACUCGGAUUAAUAUAUACAUUCAACAUACAGUACAUAAGUACUGUAUUUGUUUAUUAUGACAAUAAAUCCUCAAGAUGGCAUUUACAUUAUUAUUUCUGUGAGAGGAAUCCACGGAUAGAAAGACUUGUAAUUCUUAAAGCACAAAUGUGACUUUGUAUAUUGUGACUAAAUAUUGCCAUCUAGUGUUUUUGUUGAGCUUUCAGCAAAUGAUACUGUAGCCAUUUAACUGUUCUGCCCAAAUGCAUGAUGGGAAGUGCAACCAUGACCGUGCUUAAUGCUACCAAUUCAUAUAUCUUCUCUGCGAUGGGAUAUAAUUCCAGGUGUUAAGAAAAAGAUCAGUUGCUACCUUGCUUCCCCACAUUGCAUCCCAUGAUAUAUAUAUAAUCGUUGGGAGAGGGAUUGUAAUAUUUAGCCAAUUAAAAUGCGGUUCCAAAGGCUGCCAAAAUUCUCUCUACUUCAUCGACGCUGCCUUUUAGUUCUCUAUAUUGGCAAAACGGCGCCACUACAGAUGGAGCGCGUCAAUGCGUGAGUGGGUCGUGCAGCGUACGCAUUAAGUGCGUUAAAUAUUUUAACGUGAUACAUUAUUAAAGAAAUUAAUGACCGCCGUUAUUGGGAUAAAUUUGAUCACCCUACCUUAAACCUAAACGAAAGACUCUGGAUAAGUGUAACAUGUCUGUAACGUUAAAUACAAUUAGAAAACGAUUUAAUUAAAAAAUAUAUAUAUAUAUAUAUAUUAAAAAAAGGCAUGGCCGAUAUUUUUUUGCCGAUUCCGAUACUUUGAAAAUGACGUGAUCGGACCCGACCGAUCGGGCGUUCUCCGGUGCUCCUUGUGUUGGGAAAGACCUUACCGCCAUUUGUUCUGGACUGUCCGGGAGAACUGAUUUGCAAGAGUUGGUGCGUCAAUCCUGCUCAUGACGCACAUGUUGGGCUUCCGUGAUAAGAAGGAGUUGUGUAUCUUUUAUGCCCUAUAUUCUGCUUGUUUUCCUUAAACUAUGGUAUAAGUGCUAUUUUGAACUGGGUAUGUUAGAGUAAUACAAACAGUUAGACGGUGCCUACAAGAAAAUAUUGUGGGAUCAUCGUUAUCGUGAGCCUUGUAUCGCACUUUGACUGCAUAUCAACAGGAAAUUGUUGCUACAUGGUUUGGACUUCAAUAAUAGUUUUAAGGUCUUAAGAAUCGUUAAAUUUGACUUGUAAAAGGGUGCAAGAACCCUGCACAAGCCUACCCUAACCUCACGCUGAUCUUUAACCCCUAUUUUUCUGCUUGCUCCUCCUCCGAGGGACGAAACCAAUGACUCCCCUUCCUCUAUGGCCCCCUCGGCCGGCAUCGAGGGGGCUCUCAUGGAGGUUUCCAUUCACAUUCACAGCAGAAGCUUGUUUUUUCCAUUUAUUAGUUUUGUAGAAUAUCCUAGAAUAAAUUUCCUGACCCAUGUUUCGAUAAUUGUUGUAUCAUCUGAAUCGCGCCAGCCGAUCCGCGGGAAUCCGCACUGGCGCAACUCCCAACGACCCCAGCCGGCGGUCCCCGGCAAUCCGGCCAGAAGGCCAAACUCCGUGCGAUCACCUUAGUCUUAACCCUUUGUACUGACUCCAUUUUGAAAGGUUUAAAGAAGGCUCACCAAGAACAAGUUGACAAUUUAUUCGGAUCGACAGAGAUCCAACAGAAAAGCGAAACAGACUCAGGCGAGGAGGCAAACUUGUUCCAAGGUCACCAUAUCAGAAGUCCACAAAAGGUUCCCGAAAAAAAAGACAACGCUUAGUUAAACAUUGUCUUUUGAAGUCUCUCGCGGGGCGGGCCAUGGGCAGGAAGAAGGGUGUGUUUGGGAUUAUUGUCUAUUUGUGGAUUGGACAGGAGGAUUCGGGAGUUACUGUUAUCCAGGCAACGAGGUUUGUGGAUUUUGCCACCUCAGCGUCAAAGGGACUCUUGGAGUCGUGUUAUCAAUUGGAUAUCGGGUAGGGUUGUUCCGAUCACGUCUUUUUGCUCCCGAUCUGAUCUCGAUUGUUUUAGUUUGAGUAUCUGCCGAUCCCGAUAUUUCCCGAUCCGAUUGCUUUUUUUUGCUCCCGAUUCAAUUCCAAUCAUUCCCGAUCAUAUACAUUUUGGCAAUGCAUUAAGAAAAAAAUGAAUAAAACUCGGAUUAAUAUAUACAUUCAACAUACAGUACAUAAGUACUGUAUUUGUUUAUUAUGACAAUAAAUCCUCAAGAUGGCAUUUACAUUAUUAUUCUUUCUGUGAGAGGAAUCCACGGCUAGAAAGACUUGUAAUUCUUAAAGCACAAAUGUGACUUUGUAUAUUGUGACUAAAUAUUGCCAUCUAGUGUUUUUGUUGAGCUUUCAGUAAAUGAUACUGUAGCCAUUUAACUGUUCUGCCCAAAUGCAUGAUGGGAAGUGCAACCAUGACCGUGCUUAAUGCUACCAAUUCAUAUAUCUUCUCUGCGAUGGGAUAUAAUUCCAGGUGUUAAGAAAAAGAUCAGUUGCUACCUUGCUUCCCCACAUUGCAUCCCAUGAUAUAUAUAUAAUCGUUGGGAGAGGGAUUGUAAUAUUUAGCCAAUUAAAAUGCGGUUCCAAAGGCUGCCAAAAUUCUCUCUACUUCAUCGACGCUGCCUUUUAGUUCUCUAUAUUGGCAAAACGGCGCCACUACAGAUGGAGCGCGUCAAUGCGUGAGUGGGUCGUGCAGCGUACGCAUUAAGUGCGUUAAAUAUUUUAACGUGAUACAUUAUUAAAGAAAUUAAUGACCGCCGUUAUUGGGAUAAAUUUGAUCACCCUACCUUAAACCUAAACGAAAGACUCUGGAUAAGUGUAACAUGUCUGUAACGUUAAAUACAAUUAGAAAACGAUUUAAUUAAAAAAAAUAUAUAUAUAUAUAUAUUAAAAAAAGGCAUGGCCGAUAUUUUUUUGCCGAUUCCGAUACUUUGAAAAUGACGUGAUCGGACCCGACCGAUCGGGCGUUCUCCGGUGCUCCUUGUGUUGGGAAAGACCUUACCGCCAUUUGUUCUGGACUGUCCGGGAGAACUGAUUUGCAAGAGUUGGUGCGUCAAUCCUGCUCAUGACGCACAUGUUGGGCUUCCGUGAUAAGAAGGAGUUGUGUAUCUUUUAUGCCCUAUAUUCUGCUUGUUUUCCUUAAACUAUGGUAUAAGUGCUAUUUUGAACUGGGUAUGUUAGAGUAAUACAAACAGUUAGACGGUGCCUACAAGAAAAUAUUGUGGGAUCAUCGUUAUCGUGAGCCUUGUAUCGCACUUUGACUGCAUAUCAACAGGAAAUUGUUGCUACAUGGUUUGGACUUCAAUAAUAGUUUUAAGGUCUUAAGAAUCGUUAAAUUUGACUUGUAAAAGGGUGCAAGAACCCUGCACAAGCCUACCCUAACCUCACGCUGAUCUUUAACCCCUAUUUUUCUGCUUGCUCCUCCUCCGAGGGACGAAACCAAUGACUCCCCUUCCUCUAUGGCCCCCUCGGCCGGCAUCGAGGGGGCUCUCAUGGAGGUUUCCAUUCACAUUCACAGCAGAAGCUUGUUUUUUCCAUUUAUUAGUUUUGUAGAAUAUCCUAGAAUAAAUUUCCUGACCCAUGUUUCGAUAAUUGUUGUAUCAUCUGAAUCGCGCCAGCCGAUCCGCGGGAAUCCGCACUGGCGCAACUCCCAACGACCCCAGCCGGCGGUCCCCGGCAAUCCGGCCAGAAGGCCAAACUCCGUCUGAUCACCUUAGUCUUAACCCUUUGUACUGACUCCAUUUUGAAAGGUUUAUAGAAGGCUCACCAAGAACAAGUUGACAAUUUAUUCGGAUCGACAGAGCUCAAACAGAAAAGCAAAACAGACUCAGGCGAGGAGGCAAACUCGUUCCAAGGUCACCAUAUCAGAAGUCAACAAAAGGUUCCCGAGAAAAAAAUGACAACACUUAGUUAAACAUUGUCUUUUGAAGGCUCUCGCGGGGCGGGCCAUGGGCAGGAAGAAGGGUAUGUUUGGGAUUAUUGUCUAUUUGUGGAUUGGACAGGAGGAUUCGGGAGUUACUGUUGUCCGGGCAACGAGGGUUAUGGAUUUUGCCACCCCAGCGUCAAAGGGGCCCUUGGAGUCUUGUCAGUCGUGUUAUCAGUUGGAUAUCGGGUGUUCUCCGGUGCUCCUUGUGUUGGGAAAGACCGUCCCGCUAUUUGUUCUGGACCAUCCGGGAGAACUGAUUGCGAGAGUUGGUGCGUCAAUCUUGCUCAUGACGCACAUGUUGGGCUUCGUGAUUAUAAGGCGUCAUGUAUUCUGCUUGUUUUCCUUAAACUAUGGUAUAAGUGCUAUUUAUUUUUUAUUGGGUGUGUUUGAGUAAUACAAACAGUCAUACAGUAAAGACUAGAAACGAUACUAUUCCCUGAUUGAUUAUAUUAAGUGUGUUAGCGUAAUCCAAACAGUUAGUACCUUUUUUCAUAGGCACCGUCUAUCUCUUCAGACCUAAAGCCAGUGGUAAGUUUUUUCAACUUGAGAUUGAGUAGGCAUCGGCUUUGUUUUAAAUACAAAAUAUUGUAAGUAUUCUAUUGAUAAUUAAAAUGUGGGUAAUGUUUAGAUUAGUGCUGCAACGAUUAAUCGAUUAACUCAAGUAUUCGAUUAGAAAACAAUAUUCAAAUUAAACUUUGUUGCCUCGAGUAUUCGUUUAAUUAAAGUGGCGUUGUAAUGGUUUAUUUUGAAAGUGUUUGCAUUUAGUUUUAUUGAUUAGGGUGGAUACAUUGCCCUCUGGUUUGCCUCUUUUCACAUGGCUGAAUCCAACUGCUCCCUGUUAAGACCAACGUAAGCUCUUUUUUUUUUUUUUAUAGCUAAUGUUUUUUUAAUGCAUUCAUAAUUUAGUUUAUAGGUAUAAAACCUUUUUCUAAAAGAGGAAAGAAGUUAAGGAAGAACUUUUUAUUCUUUAAGCUUGUAAUCAAGUAUCAAAACUCACAAAAGUCAAAUAAAGCAAACUGUAGUAAACAAAAUAGAAUAUAAAUUAAACAAUCGCCAGAGUGCCCCCCUAUGUGGGCCCCCUAAUGGUCAGGAGCCCUAAGCAGCUGCAUAGUCUGCGUAUAGGCUGGGCCGGCCCUGGAUAGAUUGAUUGGUAAUGUUUUUUUUUUUUUUAUCUCGAUCUAUAGCAGGGAUUUGUGUUUGUUUUUUUAGGACUGCUAAAGUUUACAAACAAGGGCAAACAAUUUGAAAUAUUUGUUGCAUAAGUACCAUAAUUCAUCACUUCAAGUAAUUCUAAGCAACAUUGAAUGUAGCAAUAAAUCAGCAUUGAGGCUUAAAUCUAUGGUUGACAUCUGAUAUGCUUUCAAAAGAAUACUUCUAUAAUUUAUAUGUACUUGUUUAUAUUUUUACGAAUUUUAUGUACAGUUGAAUACAACUUAGUGUAACUCUAUGCAGGUUCUUGUACAUUGCAAACUCCAAUAAAGAG